GCGAGGACGAAGAGGCGGAGCGUGACGCAGAUCGAGUUUUGGAAAACCACACGCAGCACCGUUCAAGAUUUAGUUGUUUCGUUUCCCACCUGCUGAGCUGACCGAUCAGGCAGACAAACAUCGAUAAAGACUUUCACCGUGUGUCCAGCUCAACGAUCCGCUGAUCAUCAUCAUCAUGGCUCUGGAUGGAUGUGGCUUGUUCUGCAAAUAUAUCCUCAUCAUUUUCAACAUCAUCUUCGCGGUGGUGGGGUUUGCCUUCCUUGGACUUGGCUUGUGGUUGAGGUUCAGCGACAACACAAGAGCGAUCUUCCAUGUGGAGGAAUUCAGCUCCAGCGCAUUUGUUAUGGGUGUGACUGUGCUGAUCGCUCUCGGGGCGGUGAUGCUGUUUGUGGUGAUGUUUGGAGACUACGGUGCCUGCAACGAGAAGAGAUGCGCUCUACAAGUGUUCUCCGCCCUUCUGGCCAUACUGGCUACACUGGUAGUUGUUAUUGGAGUGCUUGCCAACAUUAAAAGUGAUGAGGUUGGACUCAGGUUUGCAGAGUUAUAUGCUAGCUUGUAUGCUCUCUAUGUGGCCAAUCAAGACCCAGGAAUUGCUAUCACACUCACCUUCAUCCACAACACUCUUCACUGCUGUGGAGUGACUGGCUUCCCCAUAAUGGAGCUCGUUAAGCAUACCUGCCCCGAACCAGAUGGGUUUUUUGAAUACAUCAAGAUGGAUAGCUGUUCUGGCGUCAUUGCAGGUGUCUUUAUCGGUAAAGCACCAAUGAUGACGGGCAUCUUCGUUGGAACUGGAGUGCUCCUGAUGACUGCCAUGGUCUGCGCCAUAGUUCUCCUGAACCAGCUCAAGAAUACCCAUCAGGAGAGGACAGUGUACUAUUCAAAUGUGUACUAAGAGGCGGAUUAGGGUUUUACACCCUUAACCACCUCCUGUCAAAGGCCACUGCUUUACAUACAAGCAGCACAUCAGUGUUUACAUAUUUUCCUUUAGCUAUGAUUACAUUACUUCAGAACCAUAUUUUGAUUAAAAGGCUUUUUUUGUUUUUAGACAUUUCGCUUAAUAAAUCCUGUAACAUGUUGUGCACUAACCUGACAGGCCUCUAGAUUAUUGUGGCCAAACCCAGCCAUGAGAACACAUUAACAAAUUCAGCUGGUAAAACAUGAAUUUUAUUUUUUUUUUAAACAUUUUUUCUCCUGAAAAGUUACACUGUUUAUUUAUGAAUGAGUAUUAGGGCCACGUUAAAGGGGGAAGAGAAACAACGUGGCCAUGAGCAUACAGACACUGAAAGUGCAGAAAGACGCAUCUGGUUAAAAUAAAAUGGCUUGAGAUUGACAGAUGCAAGGACAUUUAUGGUCACACUUAUGCAGUAUAGAUGUUGUACCAAAAAACAUAAGUUUCAUCAGCUUAACUCCAUGAGGCAGUCUAUAGAAUAAAAAUAAAUAAAUUUAAAAAAGUCAAAAUCUCCACAUUUUCAUUAUUAUUAUUAAUUUUGAGAAUAGUUCCCCCUUCAUGUGACCCUAAUACUAAUAGUUUGUGUCCGUUGCACAAAGUAAAAGUCACGGGAUAUGGUGAGUUAUGACUGUUAAAGGGGAGUCAGUGUAUCAUCUUUGUUAUAGUAGAGGUCCAGUUACAGCAAGGUGUCAUCGCUCUAAUGUGAGCUUCAAUUUCACAUUACCUUUAGUGGCUGUAUACUAGAGUAUUGUUAAGAAGUGCAUUCCUUUUAGAUUUCUGGUAGAGGUUGCAGAGGGCCAAAGAGCAGGUCAAAAAACAAGAACAGCAAAAAAGACAGCCAGGUACCCGAGAGGUUCAGUUUUAGGUCAAACUGUUUAAACAUUCCAGACUCAAUGCUUCAGAAGACUUGUUUCUGUAAAAGCUUUCAUCCUGAGAAAAGGGAAAAAAAUAAGCUCACGUUUCAUUCCUUUGUGUUUUGCUU